AUGGCUGCCCUGCGUAGGCUUAUCCCUUCACUCACUAACAGCUUUAAAACAGGGAGGCAGCAAACAUCCUCGAGGGCGACAAAAGCGCUGAAAGUUCUCGCGGCUGGAGGGUGCGUCACCGCCGCCGCGGCCGGUGCUGCUUAUUACUGCUUCCCGUCUGUCGGUCGGCGCUCCGGGUUGAAGAGCCAUGUCGAGGCUCGACUCUUUCAUCUGGCGCUGCCAUCAGUUUCUGCCACCGACAAGGCCCGGCCCUAUGGUCUGGAUGAUGGAGACGUGUACAUGUCAUCCUAUGAAAACAGAUUUCGCUUGUUCAGUUCGGUGGAGUGUGACGGACAGCUCUACAUGACGCCACUCAACUUCAUCGAGUCCGUCACUUUGAAUGAACCCAAGAGUAGGAGAGCAUGGAGGUCCCUCACAAAAAAGGAUUUAGAGAAGAUGCUGGCUGAUACCCCGCCUGUUUGGAAAGGAUCAUCUAAUUUGUUUAGAAAUCUUCGUGGACAAGGUGUCAUCAGUUACACAGAAUACCUCUUCCUGCUCUGCAUUUUAACAAAGCCCCACGCAGGCUUUAGGAUUGCGUUCAACAUGUUUGAUGCAGAUGGGAAUGAAAUGGUGGACAAAAGGGAGUUCUUAGUGCUGGAAGAAAUUUUCCGUAAGAAAAAGGACAGAAAGGAAGUUACUGAGGACAUGCAAAGAUUUGACCAGCAGAGCCUGCAGCUGUACGGUCAACGCAAACCCCAACCGCACAGUGUUCUUAAAAAAGACAGUCAGCAUGUGGAGGCCCGGGGCAUGUGGGAUGUUCUCAGACGUGGCACGAGUCAAGUUCUGUUUUCUGAUCUCACUGAGCAUGUGGAUGAAAAGAUUCAGACAACGCUGCUGGUGCAUUUCUUUGGGAGAAAAGGCAAAGCCGAGUUGAAAUUUGAAGAUUUUUACCAGUUCAUGGACAACCUGCAGACAGAGAUGCUUGAGAUAGAGUUCCUCUCCUUUUCCAAAGGCCUGCCCACCAUCAGCGAGGAAGACUUUGCUCGGAUCCUUCUCCGUUACACCAACUUGGACGACGUCAGCGAGUAUUUGGAGAACGUGCGCCACUGCAUCCCGGACGAAAAGGGAAUCACCUUUGAGGAGUUCAGGUCCUUCUUCCAGUUCCUUAACAACCUUGAGGAUUUUACCAUCGCCAUGCAAAUGUACAACUUCGCCAACCGCUCUGUUGGUCAAGAGGAGUUUGCCCGUGCUGUGUACGUGGCUACGGGCAUCAAGCUGACCCGCCACCUCGUCAACACUGUCUUCAAGAUCUUCGAUGAGGAUCAUGACGGUAAACUCAGCCACAAGGAGUUCAUUGGCGUCAUGAAGGACCGUCUGCACCGUGGUGACGGGGGCGUCAGAGUGGAGGAGAAGUUCACCUCUUUUAAGUCCUGCAUGAAGAAGGAGCUCUCCGGCAAAUAGGUGAAAAUCCCAUCAUCAGUGCAUGUCUUAACUGGAUGAGCUGGGCCUCUUCUGUGCUCUCUACCAGGACCGAAGGGUUAAUGCAUGCUGCAGCGUCUUAUUGCACUAUGUUAGAAGUUUGAAAAUAAACAGGAUGUGGCAGAAACAGGACGUGGUCAGCCUAAUGGGAAGCAAACAAGAAUGACCCAUUAUGAACAUAAAUCCACUUAAUGCUGUGCUGCAAGACUCUAAAUUGGAGCGGCCAGUUUGCGUAACUGCUUUUGCCUGCUUAGAACUAUUUAUUGCUUCAUCUACCUGUAAAUAUGUGUGUCGGUUCAAGAUGCAGUUUUUAUUUAUCCCGCGCUGUCUUAUUGCUGCUCUGCCAGUGUGUAUUGUUCAGUUUGACUCUCCUUUUGUCCCGAGCCGGAUUCUGCACGGAGGCGGCAUUGCUUACAUACUUUGUCCUUCUGUCAGCCCCCUGCACAGAUCAGCUUAGGACAGCACCUCCCCUCCUUCCUGUCCUCCUCCUCCUCUCUCCCUGAGCGCUGCAGCUAAAAUCCUCCAGGAUCCCCAGAGCCACUAGGCCUGAACAAACUCACCCGGUCUGUGGCUUUUUCACUGUUUAACUACAGGCAGCUAACAGUGUUAAUCAUUUCUCGGUUAGUAAAGACAAGUGCUAUUUUCACGCCACUGGCAGGGAUGACCUAUAUAUAAAUAAAUAUGCAAAAUACUGAAGCCAUAUGUUUGUUCCACUCUUGGGACCGUCAGCUUAAAUUCAUUUUGGAGCAAUACAUUAGAAUCCCUUUAAACUCUAUAAGGAAGAGUUUAUCUGCUGCUUUAUAGAAAUACUCUACUUGUGCUACUGCACAGUCCUGACUGAGGAAUUCUUAAUGGCUUUUUGUUUCCUGAUGUCAUGUUUGCUUUGGGUGGAGCUAUGUACUGACAAAAAAGACUGGCUGUUAAAUGUUACAUGCUUUUAUAUAACCAGAAUGUGUAUUUAUUUCAGACAACUUUCUGUUUUCACUUCAGAUGUUGGGAUUAGUUAGACUACCUCUUGAAAACUUUUACCCACAUGUCAUUCUUUCAGGCCUUGACUGUUACACUGGUGCAUUUAUAAUGACAUGG